AUGUCAACUGGCGGAUUUCUUGCGGUUGCUAUAUCCUUACUGGCGUUAGGUGUAUUAGUGAUCACCUUUCCAAAACUCGGAAAAGUUCCCCCUCAAGCACCAUCAUAUAGAACUGGUCUACCAAUAUGGCAUACAUCAACAGACAUCGAUCAAAAAACACUCGAUGGCCACGUUCGCUUUUCUCCUGCUACCAUUUGCGACAAUAUACGCGUUCAAUGGACAAACAACACUACAAAUCUUCCACGAAAAAUUGCAUCGUAUUUCACUCUUUUAGCAUUCGAUAUCGGGAAAUUAUGGGAAACAUUCGGUCUCUUCCAUAAUUUGUGUGAAGUGGCGAUCUUGACGUUGUUGAAUCAAGGCGGAAAAGUGACGAAUGUAACGCGUUAUAUACUUGGACUUGGAACUUAUCUUAUUGGUGUUGAUUCCAUCGUUUUAUUAAAAAUAAAUAAAUCCAGAGAAGAAGCUGGGGAACAUCUCCCAUUAGUCAGUGAGGGAGACGGUGGGAGCAAUGAAGAAGGAUCGAAAUCCAUAUUGAUAAAUCAUCCUCAACGAUUGUUACUUUUGAAAUGA